AUGAAAAGUGUGCCUGAAUCUUUACAUACUAUAAUAGCACUGGUGAUGAAUUUAAGCUUAUUUGGUUUUACCCCUCAUGUAAUUACAGUAGAAUCAGGAGAGGAUAUAGCGUCGAAAAUAAUGGCAUUCUCACAGCAAGGACCACGCACAGUUUGCAUUCUAUCUGCUUAUGGUGCUAUCUGUAAUGUUACCCUUCGUCAACCUGCAAUGUCCGGUGGCACAGUUACAUAUGAGGGCCGGUUUGAGAUAAUAUCUUUGUCAGGCUCGUUCCUAAUGUCAGAGAGUAAUGGUAGCCGAAGUCGAACCGGUGGUUUAAGCGUUUCAUUGGCUGGCGCAGAUGGUAGAGUCUUGGGUGGUGGAGUUGCUGGAAUGCUCAAGGCUGCAUCCCCUGUUCAGGUUGUUGUAGGAAGCUUCAUUGCGGAUGGAAAGAAGCCAAAGGCGGGUCCCACUUCGACCCCGCCAUCAAAUAUGCUGAAUUUCGGUGCGCCAGCGCCACAGGCUAGCCCUCCUCCAGGUGCAUCGAGUGAGUCGGCUGAGGAGAAUGAUGAUGGUAGUCCUCUUGAACGUGACUCGUCUGGACCUUACAGUACUAACGCUGGGCAGCAGCCAGUACAGAGUAUCCCUAUGUAUGCAAAUAUGGGGUGGCCCAAUCCCAUAAAAAUGCUUCCCGAUUAACCGAACCUUUUAUUUUUCUGCAUGACGUAGGAACUUUGCUUUCGACCCCCAGAUUGAGGUUUUUCUGUAGUUCUCUCUCUCUAUCUCUCUCUUUUUUAUUGUAGCUUUCUAUUAGUAGUCUCUGGUAUGUGCACGUUCUCGUAUUACAUAUUCUCGGAUAUUGGGCUAAUCUUAUACUUCUUAUUGCAUGUGAAGGGAGCCACUUCAGUGUCGUUCACAUUCUUGUUAUUAUAUAUCUAUAUAUUUGAUUUAUCUUCUGUUUCUUGA